UCCGUUUUCCGCCGCAUUCGCCGAUGAGAUUCAAACGAGUACGCGUGCCGCGUUAAUUUAUCGGCUAAAUAGUAGUAUAUAAAAUAUCCGUGUGGUAUAAAAUAUAUACGUAUAUACAUCUAUAUCAUAUAUAAAUGAUAAUAUUUGUGUUUUAAUUUUUGUUUAAUUAAUUAAAAUAUUGUUUGAUAUUUAUUUUUUACGAAUCAAUUAGUGCGCUUGUUUAAAAUCUGCCGCCCGAUGGACGUGUUAAAGUGAAGUGAGUUUAGUUCAGUUGUGCAUUUUUAGUGGCGAUAAUCAUUGUUGUCAGUGUCGAUUAUCGCAUAAAACGUGCGUGUUUCUCAGUGUGUGUGUGUGUGUGUGUGUGCUAACUGUGCGAUGUUAACGCUAAUUAACUGUUGACCGUCGUCGUUGGCUUUGCCCGUUGUUGAGUUCGCGUCGUCGUCCGCCGCCGCCGCCAUCCCGGUCUCUGGUGUCCAAAUUCGUUGGUCCGGUUGAUUCGUUGUGUGCGGCCAGUGUGUUUGGGCGUGUUCCCGAAUGAUGAAGAGUUGGAGACAUAAUGGUUAGGGAGACUCGCCAUCUUUGGGUCGGAAACCUACCGGACAAUAUACGCGAAGAGAAAAUCCGCGAACACUUCAAGAGGUAUGGACGCGUGCAGAGCGUUAAGAUACUGGCGAGAUCGAAAGAGGAGGUGGCGCUCGGCGGCAGUGGCGUGUGCGCCACCGUGUCGUUUAUGGACAUCAAGUCUGCCUCGAAAGCGCACAACGUGGAGCAAAAGCUGGACGACAGGUGUCUCAGCACGGAAUACCACGAGCCAGCCGCCAUCCCAUCGGCUAGUCCGACGAUAUCGUCGCACCUGUAUCCGGCCCCCACUAGGCCGUAUAUUCACGGGUCUCCAUUAGAGGAACUCGGCAGCUUUGAACGUUCUAGUCAUUUUUACGAACGCGAACGAGACGCUGGCUAUCGCGGACGACCUUCCCCCGCUGGCUAUCAUGUCGUGUCUGCUGUCCAAGCAUCUCCAGAUCCACUUCGGAGUCGAGCCCGGGACCGAACCGUCUUUAGGGCGUACCCAUCACUUGACAGCGUUGUCGCUUCAAGUAGAGGUCACCAUCAUCGUGUAGGCGGCUGGGGAUACGACUCAGGCAAUCCGAGGUACACUCAUCAUCUAAGCAGCUCGCCGGAUUUGUCCUAUUCGGAAGACAGGCGAGUGGAACCGCCUUUAAUCAUCGUCCGAAAUAAACACCUCAAACCUCCAAGUGAGUCUAGGGGGUGUAGUGAAGAUCGUUCAGGUUCGCCUUCGAGUUCCGGUUCAACCGGAAGUCAUUCAGGAGCGAGUAGUUCGUGUAGUUCGUCUUCGUCGCCCAGUCCUAUACCACAGCUACCACGCAGUCCUAGUCCAGAUCCCCCAUUAUCUGAUAAAUCUUCUUCGAGUCAUAGCCAUCAUGGUAGCUCGAAGAGCAGCGCUGUUCCGUCCCACGUAUCUGGCGUACAGUUACCGAACCUAGGGGGCUUGACGCAGACCGUUUCCGAACAUAAAAGGCAUCACGCCAUUUGUAUAAAAAACCUACCGUUGAGGUCUAGUGAUACUAGUCUAAAAGACGGUUUGUACCACGAGUACAAGAGGCACGGCAAAGUGACGUGUGUCAAAGUGGUGGGCCAAGGGUGCGAUAGGUACGCCUUGGUGUUCUUUAAAAAGACUGAUGAUGUGGAGAAAGCUGUACAAGUGUCUCACGACAAAUCCUUUUUUGGUUCCAAAAUCGAGGUAUCGGCAUACCAAGGAUACAAAGAUGUCGACGACAAUGAAAGCAGACCUUAUGAGACGGAGCUGGAUGAGUUUCAUCCUAAAGCAACCCGAACUCUGUUCAUUGGUAACCUAGAAAAAGAUAUUACUGCUGUUGAAUUGAGGAAACAUUUUGAGCCUUUUGGUGAAAUUAUAGAAAUUGAUAUAAAAAAAGGGAAUAAUAUCAAUGGCAGUAGUACAGGAACAUAUGCUUUUUGUCAAUAUGUUGAUAUUACUAGUGUUGUUAAAGCUAUGCGGACACUUGAUGGAGAAUAUCUGGGACAAAACCGUAUAAAUCUUGGUUUUGGUAAAUCUCUUGCGACCACUUGUGUUUGGAUUGAUGGUGUUGCAGAAUCUGUUAGUGAGAAAUACCUUGCAUCUCACUUCAAUCAGUUUGGCAGUGUAACUCAUUGUGUGAUUGAUCGAUCAAGAGAACAUGCUUUAGUAUUUUUUCAGCAGAUCACUCAUGCACAGCUAGCAGUUACUCAGAUGCGUGGUGCUAUCAUGAAAGGAAGAAAACUACAAGUAGACUUUGCAUCCAGAGAGUGUCAGCAAGGGUUUUAUGAACAUUUGGAUAAAACAUCUGGUGAACUGAGUCCUAGGUUUACUAGCCAGCAACAAGAUAAUAUUGUUCAAUUAUCUCCUGGUAGUAAUAAUGGUCUUGCUAUUCGAGGUUUUGAAACUCCAUCAUCAUCGUGUAGUAGUGCUGCUGGUGAUAAAAGUUACCCUAGGAAUUCUGAUGAACCACGAAGUAACUCAAGCUCAGUUCCUAAUCCUCAAGAUAUGCAUAAUUUACAAAAAGAGCGUGUCUCCUUAUUGGAACAACUUGAAGAUUGCAAUAGUUCUGGUGAUGAAAUUUUAAAUGAUUCAUCAAAAACCAAGCAAGUAAAAAGCCGUUCUGGCACUCCUUUAUGUGAUGAACGCCCACCGGAGAGUCUCACUCCUCCAACACAAGUUCCUAGAUCUCAUGUACCGAUCUCGCUACCAUUGCCCAGAUUUGCUGUGCACGUCUCUAACCCUCUGCUCAGCCCACCUCUCAGUUCUCCAAGAAGGCCGCAGUCAUCAAAUUCUGAUGAUUCCCAAACGUCUGAUCCUGGUGCGCCCGGUCUAGAAGAGAGGUUGAGAAGUCUUGAUGAAAAAUAUGAACAGUGGAACGGUUCCAGAACAAGUGUAUUGAAACUUGAUUCUUCCGUUAGAUUACGCUCUAGGUAUAAACUGUUAGAUACAGUGGAUAAAUUAGAACCAUCAGACAUUGUCAAAUCAGUAUUGGCUAAACCAAGUGUUUUUGACGAAGAUUCUAAAAGGCUCGAAAACUUCUCAGAUAAAUAUAUACCUAAAGAAUUUGUUCCAACAAGGACAAGUCCUAAUUUACAAAAUUUCCGACAUCAACAACUGGGUUCAUUUUCACCUCUAACACCAUCAAGUAGUGGUUCUUCAAAAUCUCCUCCAGCUUCAUCGCCAGCCACUGUUAAAACACAGUAUCCAUUUCCAAGUCAUCCUCAAUCAGUUACAACUACUCAAAGUUGUAGAACUUCACCCAUAGAUCCUCGACUUCCAUCAGAUCCAAGGUUGUUAAUUGAUCCUCGUUUAUCUGUUGCUGAUCCUAGAUUAUCAGCUGAUUCGAGAGGAUCAUUUUUAACCAAACAAAAUAUAUGUACAAUUAAUGACAAUAGAUAUGUACCCGAUAUAUUAAAUACCAAAGACCCUAGACAUCCAAUACAUAAAGAUGCUGAAAUAAAAGACGGUCCAGAAGCAUUUUAUAGAAGUAAAAUUCGCGAUGAAUAUACUAAAAAUUGGUUACAUACAUUUGAACGAAAAGAAAGUGAACCAACUUACAGGUUAGUUGACUCUUACGAUCGUAGAAGGUUUAGUGAUUUUAGAAAAGAAGAAGAAGAAAAAAUUAAAUUAGAACAAAUAAACAAACAAAAGCUCUUAGAUGGAUUUGUCAUCAAAAGAAAAAGUUCUAGUGAAACUGUUGUUCAUCCUAGUCCAUUUCAUGUUAGUUCUAGUGAUAAAACAAAGAGUGUUGAUGAAGCUAGGAACUCUAUUGAACCCAAAAAGUGUGAAGAUGUAAUACUUAAGCAAGAAGAACACACUGAAUUAAAACAAUUAGCUGAAGAAAUAAAACCACCUGAACCUCCACAACCUCCACCUUCUUCUAUAAGUAACAUAGAUGAAGAAAAAAUUGAUCUCAUUACUGCAGAAAAUACAAUUGCAAAUAUUUUACUUUCAUCUAUUGACAAUGUUCAGAAAAAGACAGAUUCUGAGGAUGUAAAAGUUAAAAUAGAAAGAACUAGCUCUAAUGAAUCAGUUAGCAAAUUUACUUCAGAUACAGAUAAAAAGAAAGAUGAAGUUAUAAAAAAGAAAGAACAUGAAAGAAAGAAAUCUAUUGAUUUAGAUACAUCUAAAUUAAAAGAGAAAAAGGAGGUUGAUUUGAAAAAGAAUUUAUGUUCUUCUAAAUCAAAAGAACUCGAAGUUAAAUCUAAGGAAUUAGAGUUUAACAUGUUUGAAAUUAACCGUCUUAACAAUAAUAAGAAGAAGGAAGAAACACUUUUAUUGAACGGUAGUAAAAUAAAAGAUUCCGAAAAGAAAAAAGAUACAAUCAAACAAGAUAAAAAAAUUGAAUUAAAAAAAGAAGAAAGAAAGAAAGAGUUUUCUCAUUGUAAAGAAACUGAUAAAAAAGAUGACAGUGACAAAGUUAGAGAAAAGAAAAAAGAAAAACGUGAUAAAGAUCCAUCAAAACAUAAAGAAAGAAAAAAGAGUCUUGACGAAAAUGGUAAACAAAAGCAUGAAAACAGUAAAAAAACAAAAGAGUACAAAGUCAAAGAGGAUGAAAAAUCACAUCAAGUAAUUGCCACUGAUUCAGAUUGUAAAGCAAAUGAAGAUAAAGAGCCAAAGAAAGAUAAAAGAAUAGAUAGAAACAGUAUAAGUAGUAAUAGUUCGACAGGUCGUUCUUCAAAGAGAAGGAUGAGUGAUAGUUCAGAAAAUUUAGAUGAUUCCAAACGUUCAAAACAAGAAAAUAAAAUUUCAAAAGACAAACAGAAAAAGAACUCUGAAAAACACAUUUCAUUUAUAUCUAAAAUUUUAGAUGCCAAAAAUAAAGAUCAAAAGAAAGACUAUCAUGAAAAGAAAAUUGAAAAGAAAAAAGAUGAAAGAAAAAUGAUUAAAACUCCAAAUCUUACUGAAACGGAUGAUGAUGAUGAAGACGAAGAAGCCAGAGAACGAAGGAAAAACCAUUCAAUAUUUGAAGUGGUGCUUGAUGAGCCUUAUGUAUCUAUGUAUGAUAAGGUAAAAGCUAGAUCCACCAAAAAUAUGCAAAAACAAGAAGAAGAAAAACGUCAAGAAAAACUGAAAGAAAAAUUCAGCCAAUUAAAGCAAAGUCGAGCAAAACGAGAAGAGAAAAAGAGAUCGGCAUCUUAUGAUGGGGAUUCGGAUUCUGAUAGAGGUCUUAGACGUUCUUCAAAACUUAUGAUAACUAGUUCAGAUGAUGAUGAUGACUACUUUCGUCGUAAAAAUCAAAGACCUGUUUCAGAUUCUUCUGAAAAUGAAAGACCAAAAAUUCAAAGAACUGUUUCAGAUUCAUAUGGAAGUGAAAAACUUAAACAAAGAAUAUCAGAAUCGUAUGAAAAUGAAAGAAUUAAAUCUCAAAGAGUAUCAGAUUCUUCAGAAAAUGAGAAAAUUAAAAAGUCAUCCAAAUUUAAGUCCAGAAUUCAGUCUGAGUGCAGUGAUAGUGAUGAUGCAUUUAUUCGUAAAAGUUCAUUUAGUUUUGAUAGAAUUCAAAAUGGUAUUGAAGCUCAGAUCUAUAAUGGUCAUCAAAAGAAAAAGAAACAGAAGAAACCCAAAUCAGACUAUUCAAGAAUGUCAUCAGUUGACAAUGCUUCUGAUAGCACUCUUAGAUCUAUUAAACAGAAAAAGAAAAAGCAUUCUACUAGUCGCAAAUCUAAUAUUAAUGAACGCAUGCAAGAUAUAUUUGGUUCUUUAUCAGACGAAGACAAUGAUAAGACAAUUGUCAAUAAAUGGAGUGUAUCUGAUGUUUUUGGAACUGACUCUGAUACUGAAUUUGAACGAAAAGAAAAUAAACCAAAAAUUGACAUUAAAAAAUACGAGUAUGGAAAUGAUGUAUUAAAAUCACUAUCUCAUAAUGUUGAUGAUGUAACUAGAAAGAAAAAGAAAAGAAAGAAGGACAAAGAAAGAACAAAAGAAGAACUUAAGGAUGAACGUAAAGAUGAAUGCAGAGAAAUAAGAAAAGACGAACGUAAAGAGGAUCGUAAAGAAGAUCGGAGAGACGAUCAUAAAGAUAACAGAAAAGAUGAUUGUAAAGAUGAACAGCGAGAUGACCGUAAAGCUGAAAGAAAAGAUGACUAUAAAUCUGAAUUGAAUGAUGAUCACAGAGCAGAACUUAAAGAAAAACAAAGAGAAAUUUAUAGAGAAGAUCAUAAAGAUGAAACUAGAGAUCAUCGAAAAGAUGAAAAUAAAGAAGAUUAUAAAAAUCGUAAAACUGAAUUAAAAGACAACAUCAAAGACGUUGAAAUUGAAGAGAAAAAACAAUUAAUAGUCGAUAGAAAAAAUGAUAUUAAAGAAAUGAAAAAUGAUAAGUCUUUAUUAUUAAGUAUAGAUGAAAGAUUACCUAAAGAAACCAAACAUUUUGAAGAAAUAAAAGUGAUGGAUAAUCUCCAAACUAUAAUUGAAUCUAAGAAAAAACCCGAAGAAGAAUUUGUUGCUCCUAAUAGUGGUGUAGCUAUCACUCCAGAAAGAGAGAAUGUAUUUUCUUCAUUUUUUGAUUUUGAUGAUUCUAAAGGCCCUGAAGAUGAAACAAUUACUAUUUUUAAAGGAGAUGAUGACACUAUUAAAACUGAAGUAAUGUUUAGAAAAUUAGAUGAGUCAAAAGAGGAUGUAUCAUUAUUUCGAUCUGCUAGUACAUUUGAACCAAUUCAAAGGGAAAUUAUUGGUUUUGGAUCACAGAUGGACGAUGAAACUGCUGUUAAAAGUAUUUCUGAAACUCCUGAAUGUUUAAUUGAAGAAUCAGACCAUGUUGAAUUGUCUUCCACAGAGGAAAAAACAACUCCUGUAAUAUCCCAAGAAGAAACUGAGGGUGCUGUUGCUGCAUUACUUGAAGCAUCAUUUGGACAAGAUUUUUGCGAUUCUUCUUACUCAGAUAGAUCCGCUAAACCAGAUACUCCUAUUUCAGAUAGUGAACUUCAAAUUGAUACCGAUGAUGAAAAUAGUGUUAAUUCAAUAGACGAUGAAAGUAAAAAUAAAGUAUUAGAAUCAUCUGGAAACUCAACUAGUAUGAAAAAGUUAGAAGUAGUCAAUGAAAAAUUAGAACCAAGUGAUCCUGUAAUAUAUUCAGAAAAAGAAUCUGAAAUGGUUGAUUUUGAAUCUAAAAUUGCUGAAAAAAAAUCAAAAUUUAGUGAAGAAGUACCAUCUCUUAAACACACUGAUGUAAAACCCCUGUCUCCUCCUCCCUUAAGUCAUAAUUUUAGACUUCCACAGAUGGUUAUUCAACAAACUAGUAUAAGACCUUUGAAUAUAAAUUAUGCCAAACCAUUAAUUGAGCCUAAACCAGUUCUACACCAAGAAACUGCCGAAACAGUUCAUAAAACACCCAAAUUAGAACAUAAAACUGAAGAUCAUGUGUCUGUUGUCAAAUAUUCAAAUUCUCAAAUAUCGACUAAAUCGAUUUUAAAACAAUCUGUUAUAUCCUGUAAUCCAUUACCUAUUGAACCUAAACAAGAAUUUAUCAGUCAACCAUCAGUUUUACAACAUACUAAUAAUACUCAAAGUUGUAUUAUUUCUCCAAAAAUUAUUACUGAAUGCGAUAAAUCAACAGUUGGUUCUAACUUAGAAAAACAACACACUGAAGAAAUCAUUGAAAAAUCUAAUCGCCCCUCUGAAGAUACACUAUCUAGUCAAACAUCUAUAAUAAAUUUUGCUAAAAAAUCAUUUGUCUCUGAUGAAAAGUUAGAAGCUAAUGAUGUUUCCAAUUUAGCCCAAAGUCAAACUAAAUCUCUACCAUCGCCAAAUAUUGAACUAGCUGUAUCUGAGACUGAUGAUAAAUUUAUGCCGAAACAUCCUAAAGCAAAAGGCUUAGAACGUAUUGUUGAACAAAUUAAUGAGAAAAUGCGAGCUAAAGCAAAUGAAGUAGCUUUGAAUUUGACUAAAGAACCAAGAAUGAUGCCGUUAAAGAAAGCACUUAUUGCCAAAGAAAAAGAUGAAAACAGAAUUGAAAACAAAGUUGAAAAUCAUGAUGUUAAAUUAAAAAUUGUGGAUAUGGAGUCACCCGAAGAUUUAGUUGUGGCACCAUUAACACCUAAAAUCGAGGACACUAAUGAAAUAUUUGCAAGCCCUGGAGAAAGUAGUUGUGAACCUAAAGAACUUGAUGCUGCUAGAAUAAAAAAAGAAGAUGAAUUUAUCAAAGAUAUGUCUAAGAUUGAUAGAGAUUCAACUGUAAGAGGAAGACGAAGAGGUGGUAGAGGAGGUCGAGGUAACCGUGGAAGUAACUGUGUUGUAACUUCACGUAAAACACGUCAAAAUUUAGUAACGUCAAAUAUGUCUCAACAAAAUUCAUUGACAGAUGUUUAUGAAUUUACUGAUGAAGAAGAAAAGAUUAAUCAAAAAUACAGUAAAUCUCCAGAACCUCCAAUCAUGAAUACUCCAAUUAAUGUUGCAACAUCCCCUCAACCUGGAGCUUUAGCUAGUACUUCACCUUUGACACGAAAAUCUAGAAGACUUCAGGAAAAAGAUGGUAGUAAGAGUACUUUAGAGGAAACAAUUGAUGAAGUUGCUCGUGGGCCAUGUACUAGGCGUAUUACUCGCUCUAAACCUCAAACUGUACCAUUGUUAAGUCUAGAAACUUCUCCGCGAAGAAUAAAACAAUUAAAUGGAAAGAAAUUAAAAGCUGAAUCGCCUCAACCAACUUCUAAAAUAGAAACUGAUCCAUCUAAUGAUCAGAAUGAUGAUAAAAAUCAACUUUCAAUUUCAACGUUAUCUACAUCUUCAGCUUCAUCUACUACUUCUGAGACAACUACACUUAUUGAUCCUGUUAGUGGUUUACUAAUUGCUAUGCAAGAGUCUGAAGAAGGACAAUAUGUCCCAAUUGAAGAUGGAGGUGAUAGUGACAGUGGAAUGAAGUUCAUGUCUGAUGAACCACCUGAAAAGAAACAGCGUAUUGAAAAGACACCUACUCUACCUAAGAGUAGUAAUACUAUUCCAGCUUUAGCAGUAACACCAAAUAAUAUACUUCCUGCAACUACAACAACAUAUGCUGUUACACCUGGAAUGUCUAAUGUAGCUAAAACACCAUGUGUUAUGACUACUGCAAAUUCUGCACCAAUUGGCCUUGUAAAACCAAAUAUAACAGCUUCUGUAAUAGCACCUACAAAUAUAGUAAAGUCUACUGCUGUCAUGGCACCAUCUCCCCCUCCUUUCAAACCCCAAGCAAAUAUUAGCAAAAUAAAUCAACCCGGGUCAAAUCAUCAACAAAUAUGCAAGUCUGCAGUUAUGCAUCCACCUAUCAAAACCCAUUUAAGUUCUAUUAGUCGCACACCACCUUUGCCAAAAUUAUUAUCACCUAAAGGACAUAUUGUGCAAGCUUAUACAUCAUCACAAUCUUUAGAGGCCAAUAAUUCUAAUUCUUCUUCACAUUUACCACUUCAAUCACCUUUGGCACAUGCUCAAAGUGUAAGAAGUCCUCCAAUGAGAAAUGUGUUAAGUCCGCCUAUUAGAGUUUUAGUAAACUCUCCAUCAAGGGGUUUGUUAAGUCCUCCUUCUAGAAAUAUUCCACAGUCACCUCAACCACCUCAAAAUCUGCAUGGUUUAGCAGUGCCACCACCCAAUAUAAUUUGUCCUAAAGGCUUUGAUGGUUCAAAAAUGGAUAACUCUAGAUGUAUAGUUAUGAGAAGCCCAUCACCCCAUCCAUCAUUACCUGGUCAGACAAUAGCAUAUGACACAAGUGUUGAUCCUGCUGCAAUAAACAUGGUUUCAGCACACCAUUAUAUGCAUCCACAGCUUUUAUAUCCACAUUAUAUAAGAGACUCUUUGGGAGCUUACAUUCCACCACGUACUGUUAAAGUAGUUUCAGAAAUUGAUGAAAUGUCACCUCUUGAACUACGUAAACGACUUGCUGAAGAGAGUAUACCUGAUAGAAUUCAGCAUGUUAAUGUUCCUCAACAUUACAUCAGUUCAAGACAAUUAAAUCAUCCAUUAGGUAGUCUUCCUUAUGGUCAAGUUGUGCCAAUUCAUUACAAUUACCGCCCCAUUAAUUCAGUGUUAAAGAACUAUCCUAUUUAUUGGCAAGGCACCCUUGCACUAAAGAACGAUAAAGCUCUUGUGGAGAUGCAUUAUCUGUUUGGAAAUGCUGCAGUGGCUGAGCACUCACUGCAACGAAAUAUUGAUGGAGAACUUAAACUUUCACAAAGGAUGAGAUUGGAACAAACUCAACUAGAUGGCGUAACACGUAAGAUGCAGAUUGAAGACGAAUGUUGUGUCUUAAUUGCUGUGCCAAUUGGUAUGACUGAAGAAGAGUGGAAUCAGCAAAGUUGCACAUUACAUAAUGGGUUUAUUACCUAUCUACAACAGAAGCAAGCUGCUGGCAUUAUUAAUAUAACAGCACCUGGGAGCACUCAGAAUGCAUAUAUUGUACAUAUGUUCCCACCUUGUGACUAUAUCAACAGUGUUCUAUCAACAGCUAAUCCUUCUGUAUUGAAACAAAUAGCAUCUAUGGCACAUCUAAUAAUUGUCAUAGCAACAGUGUAAAUAAUUUAUAAUGAGUACAAAUUGUUUCUUCUAGCACAUUAGGUGCACAAAUUAUAUUUAGUUAAAAAAAAAAUCAUUAAGAAAUUUAAUGAUAUUGUUAACAGUUUUAUUAUUAUUUUUUUACGCAUUAACAAUUUGUUAUUGAAAUAUAAUGCUAAUGAUUUCAAAUUGGUUACCAUAAUUUAAGAUGUUUUCUUGUAAAUAUUGAAAAUCCUGUAAAAACAAAAUUUACUGUACAAAAUAUUUAGGAGUAAAAAUUGUUUUUUUAUUUAAAAUUUUUGUUAUUUAUUUUUCAAAAAUUCUAACUUUUUUUAUCUCGAUUUUUUAUUAUUAUUAUUAUUAUUAUUAUAUAAUUAUUAUAAUUAUUACUAUUAUUAUUUAUUUAUUUGUAGAAAAUAAGGUAGACUUAAAAAAUUAAUGUAAUGUUGUUGAAAUAUUUUGAACAGCCAAAAGGUAAUUUAAGUAACAGAAAACAAUGUGUGUUUAUUAUUGUAAUUAAAGUUUAUUAAUUUAAAAAUUGACAGUAUUAUUUGGUAAUAUGUUUAAUGUACUUAUAUAGAAUAAUAUUUCUUGUACGAGUUUUCGUGUUAAUAUAUUAUGAAAAAACUUGUUGAGAAAAAUAACUACAAAAUAUUUACCUUUAUGUAUAAUUCAUACAUUACAUAUAAUAAAACAAAGUAAAAAUAGGAAAACAAAAAAAAAAAUAAUCUUUACACUUAUGUAUAUAAUAUUAAAUAGUAUUCUACUGUUUAAAUGCGUUUUGCUCAACUAAUUUCUAAUUGCAGUCAAAAUGAUAAUAGUAAUAUCAUAGAUGUUCUUACAAUGUAAGUAUGUAUAGCAUACUUUUACUAUAUAUAAAUAUAUAAUUAAUUUAAUUUACAUGUUAGAUUUUAUUUUUUAUUUUGUGUGAAUAUUAUAUUAAGUUUUUAGAUCCAUUAAACAUAUUGCAUUGUAAAUUGCCCUCUUUAGUAUGUAUUAAACAAAACAUAAUAAAUAUAUAUAUAUAUAUAUUUAUAUAUAUGUAAUAUUGUUCUUUGGCUGUGAUCUCUGCAUUAAGGUUCACUGUUAUAAUUUGAUUGUAUUAUAAUUUUUUAAAUGUAACAUGUGUAUAAGAUAUGUAUUUAAAUUUUAUUUCUAUUAGUUAUCAUUAUGGAAUAUUAAAUAAUAAUAAUGAUAAUAAUAAAGAAAAACUCACUGUUUAGAAAAAUAAACAUGUUUUGUUUAAUAUAUGUGUAUCGUUAUAUUAUUAUUUAAAAAUAAUAUAUUAUACUAGCAAAGUUA